CAACAUGGUACUGAUAAAGAGUUUGAUUACUGGUAGUUUGCCUGCAUAACAGAUGACACGUUUCGGGUAGAUUUGGCAGGAUUAUACACAGAUUGUGAAUGGUUCAUCGCCCAUUCGUUAUACAAACGCGUAACAAAAGGGAGCAAGUGUUCACAUCUGUUUCGGACAAGUGCGGUUUUGUAGAUCGGUACAAAUUUCUCAAUCGGUGGCAUCUCGUUGACCUUUUGCGUUAGAAAACAGCUAUCAUUUCUUUCCAAAUUUGUCUACAAGAACUUAUUUUUAUUUUUCAAAAAACAUGGAUUUAGUGUCGUUAGUUACAAUAUGUUUCUAGUGAUUGAUAUUCUUGGACAUUCGGAAUCAAUAGUAUACAAUUCUUUUAUUUAAUUUUGCACAUGGAACUAAGAAGUUUUUUUUAGUUUGAGUCGAUUUUGAGAUUUCAUACAUUUUAUUGAUUUUAUUCAAGUUCCAUUUCGUCACCCAUACAAACGUACCUUCUGGUGGCUGAUUUGCGUCAAAACACACAUACGGCGCCAACUGUUGUGUAUCGUCAUCAAAGAAGUCCUGCACAUCAUCUCUAAAAGCGUGCAAUAGUAACCAUAAAAUAGGAUUCACGAAAAUAAUCUGAAUUAGAAGUGUGAACAGUGUGUGUUGCUAAGCUAUGAUGCUGAAAUGGUGUUAUAUAUUUGUGAGUCUGAUACUAUGCUGUUUGGUGGCAGCGAUUAAUGGCAAAUCGACUGCUGGCAAUGUUUUCACCAGCUCCUUUCUCGUAAAAUUCAAACGUAAUGUGGAUAAUCAGCAGGCCCAUGAAAUUGCCGAGCGCAAUGGAUUUAUUAAUCUUGGGGUGCUCGCAGGCAGCUCAGGCCGAGAGUUCCACUUCAAACAUACAGCUCUCCCGCAUGCCAGAACUCGUCGCAGUAUAGCCCAUAUGAGGGUGUUGAAGAAAGAAGCUUUGGUAAACGCUGCUGUCCAACAAGUUGGUUUUAAACGCGUCAAACGUGGCUUACGUACAGUGAUUCCAGCAACAUUUAUUCCGGAUAAAUCAGAUCCCAAUGUAGGGAAAGCACCAACUGACCCUUAUUUCCCUUUGCAAUGGUAUUUACGAAACACUGGGCAAAAUGGAGGAAAGCCGCGACUUGAUCUAAAUGUGCAAGCUGCCUGGGAUCAAGGAAUCACUGGAAAGAAUGUUACUACGGCCAUAAUGGAUGACGGUGUUGAUUAUAUGCAUCCGGAUUUGAAGUUCAACUACAAUGCGGAGGCCAGCUACGAUUUUAGCAGUAACGAUCCUUAUCCAUACCCACGGUACACUGAUGAUUGGUUUAAUAGUCACGGUACUCGUUGUGCCGGAGAAGUGGCGGCAGCUCGAGAUAAUGGAAUUUGUGGGGUUGGUGUUGCCUAUGAUUCUAAAAUUGCUGGAAUUCGAAUGCUUGAUCAACCUUACAUGACAGACCUUAUUGAGGCGAAUUCGAUGGGCCACGAGCCACACAAAAUUCACAUCUACAGUGCAUCAUGGGGACCAACUGAUGAUGGUAAAACGGUAGAUGGGCCAAGAAAUGCGACCAUGCGGGCCAUUGUACAAGGUGUAAACGAAGGUCGCAAUGGACUAGGAAAUAUUUAUGUUUGGGCUUCAGGAGAUGGCGGGGAAGAAGAUGAUUGCAAUUGUGAUGGCUAUGCAGCUUCCAUGUGGACAAUUUCUAUAAACAGUGCGAUCAACGACGGACAGAAUGCCCAUUAUGACGAAAGUUGCAGCUCCACUCUCGCGAGUACGUUUAGUAAUGGCGCAAAGGAUCCCAAUACAGGCGUGGCUACUACCGACUUGUAUGGUAAAUGUACUACAACACAUUCUGGUACUAGUGCAGCCGCCCCAGAAGCUGCAGGAGUGUUUGCUCUCGCCCUUGAAGCAAAUCCUUCUCUUACGUGGCGUGAUAUUCAACACCUUACGGUAUUGACAUCGAAACGAAAUUCAUUGUUCGAUGCCAAGAAUCGUUUCCAUUGGACUAUGAACGGAGUUGGACUGGAGUUUAAUCAUUUAUUUGGAUUUGGUGUACUUGAUGCUGGAGCCAUAGUUUCGCUCGCAAAAAAAUGGCACACUGUACCAUCUCGUUAUCAUUGCGAAGCAGGUGCUAUUCUGGACCCUCAUCCUGUUCCAUCCACUGGUUCGUUGCUGUUGCGUAUUAAGACAGAUGCUUGUACUGGUACCGAUACAGAAGUUCGUUAUCUAGAGCAUGUUCAGGCCGUUAUCACAGCGAAUGCUACUAGGCGGGGUGAUUUAGAACUGUUUGUUACCUCUCCCAUGGGAACUAGAUCAAUGAUAUUGAGUCGUCGGGCUAAUGAUGAUGAUCAUAGGGACGGAUUCACUAAAUGGCCGUUUAUGACAACGCAUACGUGGGGAGAAUAUCCUCAAGGAACAUGGGUGUUGGAGGCAUUUUUCAUACCAUGA